CCGGAUUCUGGUGGGUGAUCAUGUCAUGUUUGUUUAUAACUUUAUUUUAUAUUUUAACAAAUGUUAAAGCGACUUAUUAUAGUUAUUGAUAUUCUGAUUUAUUUUACCUGGUAUCUGAGCAUAUUAAAAUGUGACGUAUUAUAGACAUUUUAAAGUGUGGUUGCAUUUGUUUUGUUCUCAACAGACCUAAGUCUAGGGAACUUGUUGCUACAACAUUUUGCCGGGUUUGUGCCAAAUAAUUUGUGGCUAUUUAUUAACCGGUUAAACAAUCAAUGUGAUCAAUUAUACUACGCAAAAUUUUGCUGUUUACUGCAUUGUACAUCUGGCGAACGCUUUAACGUACAGAAUGGGGAUUAAAACAUGUUUGUUUUUUUUUGGGGGGGGGAGUGGCAUGGAACCCAUGAAUCCGGGUUGUUCACCCAAUAUCAUGUUCGCUCCCAUUCAUGUUCGCCCUUGACGUUCGCACCCUUUUUAAAGUUAUUGUUUUGAAUAAUAUUUAGUUAGUGUAUCUUACAUAUAUAUGCUAUAAUUUUAUCAAAAGAGAAUAAUAAAUGUAAAUUUUUCUCGUAAGAUUUUUUGUGAAAUGAGUUGCGGAUAAUGCUAUAAAAUAAAGAUAAUAAGUUGGUUUUUUUAUUGUUUUAAAAUGAAGUGACAUUCUAAAAAGGUAAACAGGUUUCCUUUAGUGUUUUGUGAAUUGUAAAAGAAAGGCAGAAGAUAUAAAACGGCUUUCAAACUCAUUACAAUGACAUUGCCAUGACAGCAACUAAAAAUGAACACUAAAAUAUUUAGGGUAACCAGAGACAUAUAUAAACAGUAUAUGUCUCUGGGGUAACUACACCAAAGCUAUAGUUAUAACAACAAUCAUGAUUUUCAAACACAUUUAUAUAACAAUAAUCAUAAAUAUAAAUAAUUUAGAUUUAAGAAUUUAUCAUCUUAUCACAAAAAAAAAUAUUUCAUGUAGAAGAUUCACAAAUUUUUAUUUAUGAAAAUAUAGAUGUUUGGAUAUAUACAUGUACAUCUUAAAAACAUCUAAUAAUUCAACCUGUAUUUGAAUAAAAAUGGGGUGCGAAUGAACCCAGGGGCGAACGUGUGGGGUGGGAAUGUGUUCUAGGAGCGAACGGACCAGAUACCGGAACCUACAAACCUACAACAUGUAACACUAUAUACUAUAGGUGACAUCAGUGACAGACACUUUUUCAUCUGUAUGCUGAGGGAGAGCUUAACUAUAAAAGAAAUAAAAGGUAUCAAAAGAUGGAAGACCCAGAACAAAUAGAUUCCCCUAAUGUAAUGUUAACAGUUGCUCUAUACUCCAGUAUUUGGUGUACACUGUAUUUUACUUUGUGUCUUGUCAAUUAUAAAAGGAGUUAUGAAUGGAACGUUAGAUUAGUGACAGCACUUCAUGCCUUGACUGUUACAGGGCUCGGAUUGUGGUGUGCAUUUGUUCAGGGGCCAUGGCCUUUCACGGAUGCAGGUGGAAGAUCUACACCAUUACAGCAGCAGACGAUAUGUAUAUGUCUGGGAUAUUUCCUCUUUGAUAUGUCAUGGUGCAUGUAUUACCAAACUGAAGGUCCGGCUAUGUUAAUCCACCAUAUACUGAGUAUAGCUGGUCUAUCUGUUUGUGCAAUAAAACAUUGGUAUGGAACAGAGUUGAUUGCUUGUAUCAUAGGAAGUGAGGCAUCGAAUCCACUGUUACAGUUACGGUGGUUUCUUAGAGAGACAGGAAAAUAUGAAACAAUUCUUGGAGAAAUUGUAGACUUGGCAUUUAUGUUACUCUUUGGAGGUCUUAGAAUUGGAGUCGGUACUAAUUUAUUAUAUUCUUACUUUAAUCAGGACACGGAUUGGUUAGGACGAAUUGGUGGGUCUGCAUUGUAUGCUUUGAGUUGGCUAUUCAUGGUCAAUAUUUUAACCUUUGCUUGUAAGAAAUAUACUAAAAAAAUAAAAAAGUGGAAGGCAAGUUCUGCUGAUGAGCAUAGUGUGCUUAAAGACAAUAACAUAAGCGACAAGUCGGAGGUUGUAGCUACAAAAGACAACAAUCACAAUGUCAGGUCACGUAAAGUUCACCAGAAUGGAUUCAUUACCUCUAAAAACAUUCAGAACAAAUAUAUAGGUUCUGUGACGGAACAGUUAGCGACUGAUGAUGUUAUUGAAUUCUCUGUAAGUCGUACUGAUGUUAUUACUAGUUAAGUAUGUUUUCUUUCAAUGAAAAUUCUUCUUAACUUGUAUAAUUCUCUGUGUCAUUAAGUAUUCAGAUAAAAAAAAGAGUAAUGUGAAUUUAAAGCUAGUAACACUUUCAAGUCUUACAAGAUGUGAUUGAAGUCUCUGAUAAAAGAUUGCCAUAAUGAACAAAAUUUAUAUUGGACUCAACAGGGUGUAAAUGAAUUUGAUUAUUAAUAGAACCUUAGUAAUAUAUAACAUGUAUUUUGUUUUAUUAUCUAUGUCAGAUCAUCUAUUAACAUACAUGUCAUACAUGUACAGUGUAUAUUUUCAAGAAGUAUGCACAAAAUGUAACUGCAUAUUUAUUUUUGAUCUUCAUGUACUUAUUUUGUCUUCCAUAUCUUUAAACCAUGACAAUUUUUUCUGUACUUAAAUGAUCAUUUAUUUUUAUAUGAUUUAGUUUUAACAUACUCAGUGUUGUGGCCAUUGCAAUGACAACAAUAAAAAGAUAUUUUUCUCAACAGCACAAGGUCAGUGUUAUGUCUAAAGUCCUGGAAAGUGGCACAAAUUAUACCUCUGUAAAAUGUAUAAUUUUAAAGAAUUUAUGUUGGACUAUAUUUCACUUGACUGUUUUUAUGUAAUACAGAUAUAAAAUUGUUGUUCUUAUUUUGAUACAAAGUUUUUAAAAUAGAAAAAUAAUUCUAAAUCUGUAAGAUGAAAUCCAAUGUCCCAUAUGAAUCAUGUAUGUGCAGCAUAUAUUUGUGUACAUUGUAUAUGUUAUUUCAAUGAAUUGAAUUCCAAUGUCCAAUAUAAAUCAUGCACAUGCAGCAUAAAUGUAUAUACAUUGCAUACUAUGGUAUGUCAUUUAGAUGAAUUAUUAAUUUAAUCAAUGAAUUAAAAUCUUGUCUCACUAAUAAAUUGAAUCAUGCACUUGCGUUGUACAUGUUAAUUUAUCAAUGCACUUGCAUUGUACAUGUUAAUUUAUCAAUGCAUUUAAAAAAAUUCUCCAUUGAAUCGAGCACUUGCAUUUUAUUCUGUCAUGUCUGGUAAUUUUGCUUUUCUGAUACUAUGUAAGUACUGGCAUGCAUUUCAUUAUGUAAUGUUGAAUUAACCAACUUAUGGGGGAAAUUAAUGCCUGCCAGCAUCACAUGUACAUUUAAAUCCAACCUCAACUUUGAAUCAUGCACAUCCAGUUUAUACAGGUAAGUAAAUUUCAUUCCAAUGAAUUUAAAUCUAUGAAUCAUGUACAUGUAAUAUAUAUAUAUAUAUUUAUAUAUGUAAAUUUCAUUAAUGACAUUACAUGCAUUUGAAAGUAAAUAUUGUGUGUUUGAUGAGUAUCAAAUCUAUGAACUGAGCUUUUGAAUUUUUAAAACAUUGAAAUUUUACAUUAUAUAUUUUUUGUAUAAAAUAAAACAACAUCCGACUAAAACAUAUUGAGUGAUUUUUUUACAUAAAUGCUGAUAAGAUUGCAUAUUUGUAGUUUUUUUAUUGUAUAUACUUCAUUAGUCUUACUCAAUUAGCACUAUUUUUUUUUUGUUCACAUCAAAGUGCAAUUCCACAUCAUGUUCAAUAUUUGGUCAUAGAUUUUAGUAAGCAUUAAAGAAACCUGGUAUUUUUGGGCAUUGAUACAUGUAACUUUUGCAUGUUCCUCACAUUUGAUUUAUUCAUUGGGUAUUACAGAGAAUUACUGGCAAAAUGACCCAUAGAUUGCUGUACAAUAUUUUAUAAGAACAACAGUAUUGCAAGAUCACAACUAUUUAAAGUUGAUUUAUAAUAACAAAUAAAGAUUUAUAAUUACAAAUAAACAUAGAAACUAAACCAUUCAGGGAACCAUUUAAUGCUAUUUUUCACAAUUUCUUCAGUUACCAUCAGAUUACAAAUACUACAAUGAUGAAAAUCUGCAAACGAUAAAAUAUCUAGUAUGGAAGUUUUAAAUGAAACAAAUAAUUGUUGGAAAGUUAUAUUCUUUCAGCAAGUACAUAAAAAAGUGACAGUAUUUGGCAUAGAGGACAAUCAUCUAAUUAUAAUUUCUGUAGCGUUUGUAGGUGUAUAAUUCAACAACCAGAUUAAUUGACUUUCUCAUCUUAAAUCUUAUUUUUAUUCUUAUGAAAUAGAUAUUAAUUGUUCCACCCCAUCUGUGUGUUCAUUUGGAACUCUUUGUGGUUUGCCUUUAAUUUUGAGAACUUUUUAUUUAAAGUAUUUAAUUUCAUUGUUGGAAACAUAAAAGAUCUUCUAUCCCAAGAAAAUUUAUUUCAAUAUACAUGUACAAUAAGCAAUGGUGACUAAAUUAUAUUCUUAAUUGACUAGUUUUGUCUGUCUGAUGAAGUUAUGUCAUAUAAAGACUUGUAAAUAUUUAUAUUUUUUGUAUUUAAACUGUUUUAACACUAUUCUGCAGAGUUACACAAACUAUGACAAUGAAGUUAUUGUGUUUUUAAAGUCCUCUAAUUUUUUUUAUCUGGUAAGUCUCUGCAUUUCUUUAACUUAAUGUUAAAUGCAUUGACUUUAUAAAAAUGGUAGAAAUAUCUGAUCUCCAUCAUAGGUACAUGUAGAAUUAUUGUUUGUGUUAUUGAAAUUAAGCAGUAAACUAACAUAUAGGACUACAUCUAACUUCUUCUCUGAUAAAAAUAUAAAUGUUUUUAUUAGAAAGUUGCCUUGAUAAAAAAUGUUGCCCAAAAUGUGACAGGAAAUAAGUCUAUAUCUGCAAUGCAUGCACAAAUAGUUAAGUUGCAAGUUUCUGUAUUGGAUCAUGUGAAAGUUAUCUUUUUCUGGAUUGAUUUAUGCAAAAUUAUUAUAUUUUUUCUAUGUAAGAUAAUUAGAUGUACAAAGUUUUAAAAUUAUUUAUUAUUUAAUUUGUCCUUACUUUUUGUAUAUUUUUUGUUAAAUAAAUUAUUUAUACUAUUUAUACAACCAAAAUAAAGCAAUCUUUUAACCUG